AUGGCAGGCAAAGAUAAGCCAACCAAUCCGAUGAGUGACGCAGCGAGAGUUGCUCAAAUCCACAAUAAAGAUUAUCCAUUCUUUACUGCUCCUAUUCCGUUUCGACGCGAUUAUUUUGUUUGUACCGAUUGUGGUGCAUAUUCUUGUGGUGGAAUUUAUUCAUCAGUCUGCGAUGAUUGCAAUGGCGUGGCAUCUGAUCCUCUUCGCAAUGCCCGUCAUCGUUAUCUUUGCACGAAUUGUGCUCGACGUGUUCCUAUUAUUGCUGGUGUCCUUGUUGCACAUGCUGCACAUAUUCUUGUUCGUGUUCGUGUUGUCGUUUCUUUUGCGAGUGCUUAUCCGCUGCUUGUAGAACUUACGAACCUUGCUGCUAUUGUACCCGUCUGUGUUGUUCAAGUGGUAGGUGCUGCAAAAAACGACAGUGCUUCUGGUCAUGGUGCCCAUGCAUGUGUUCGCAGCCAUAAUCAUUUCACAAUCCGUAAUCAUCGGUUCAUAGAUAGGAUGAACUGUGAACAUGUUCUUGAAUUACAAUUAAAUAUUUGA